AAUGCCUUGAAACAUGAUCACACAUUGAGCCAACAUAAGAUAUAUGAACCAUUGCCAAAAUAAGUUUUGAAGAGUGAACAGUGAGAACUAAUGUCCCGUAAAAGGUAUGAAAGUCUGAUUAAUGGUUUGAGUGGCUCAGAUCUGUGGGGACUCAAGUCUUCAAUCUCAUUACUUACCAAUGUAUGGCUAACACACUGUACCAAAUAUUAAAACUGAUAGUAAUUUUUUCUGGUCUGAGAAAGAUAUUCACCUCCAAGCAAGCCAACCACAAAUUAACUAAAAACCUAAUUUAUCAUCUAAUGCUUUCACAAAGAAGAGUGCGGCAAGACUUAUGAGUGUUGCUCACCCUUCUCCUCCAGUCAAGUUAAAGAGCAGGAUGGUGAACUCAUCUGGAAAUGAUUAAUUACAUUUUUAAAGCACCAGGGGAAAUAGUGUAGAUAAAAGCCAUUUUGCACAAUCAGAAACCAAAUUAGUUUAAUGAGGAGCCUUGCACAGAUUGGACCUUUCUUCUCCACUGAGUUAAUUACACAAUCAAAUGAAGACUCCAUCUACCACUUUCUUAUACACUUUUAACUUUUUCAUUUUACAUGCAUUGAAAUGGCAAAGAAUUACUGAGCACCUGGUUGCCACAAAUUUAAUAGACUUAACCACUGUUGUUAAAAUCAAUGUUUUACCAAAAUGUGCAGCAAGUGAAAUGAAGCCAAUUCAAGCAUUUGGUACAUUUUGUGCAUUCUUCAAGGGAUAAUUCACCUGAAAAUUAAAAUUCCAAAAUGUACUCAUUCUCAUGUUGUUCCUGUAUGACUUACUUUCUUCCAUGGAACAAAAUGAGAUGCUAGGCAGAAUGUUGUGGACUGAUAACCUCAGUCCAUAUUUACUUUUAUUGCAUCUUUUACAUCUUUUCCCAUACACUGAAUGUAAAUAGUGACUGAGACUGAACAUUUACUGUACUUUAUGCCUAACAUCUCUUUUUGCAUUCCACAGAAAAAAUACAUUCAUACAGGUUUGGAAUGCAUUGAAGGUGAGGAAAUGAUGACAGAAUUUUCAUUUUUGGGUGAACCAUUCCUUUAAUAGCAAAAGUUAUUCAUAGCCCACUGGACCUCAUAAUGGCUUUGCAAAAAACAGGAAACUUUUAUACUCAAACAAAUUACACGAGAUCAGUGAGGUUCUGUUUUUCUAAAUGGACAUGGCCAACUGAACUUUAGGGUAAUUUAGAUGACUUUGUGAGGUGAAAAUUAUGGAUCUGAGCCAAUCGCUUGCAUAUAUACACUCACUAAGCACUUUAUUAGGAACACUAUGGUCCUACUUAUGUACAUAACGUGGUCUUCUGCUGUUGUAGCCCACCCACCUUAAGGUUGGACAUGUUGUGCAUUCUGAGAUGCUAUUCUGCUCACUACAAUUAUACAAUUGGUAACCAUAGCCUUUCUGUCAGCUUGAACCAGUCUUGCCUCCGUUGACCUCUCUAAUCAACAAGGGGUUUACGUUGCUGCUCACUUGAUGAUUUUUGUUUUUGGCGCCAUUCUGAGUAAACUAGAGACUGAUGUGCAUGAAAAUCCCAGGAGAUCAGCAGCUACAGAAAUACUCAAACCAGCCCGCCUGGCACCAACAAUCAUGCCACAGUCGAAAUCACUAAGAUCACAUUUUUUCCCCAUUCUGAUAGAUGAUGUGAACAUUAACUGAAGCUCCUGACCCAUAUCGGCAUGAUUUUAUGCAUUGCACUGCUGCAACACAAUUGGCUGAUUAGAUAAUCGCAUGAAUAAGUAAGUGUACAGGUGUUCAGUGAGUGUAUUUCUAAUGUUCAAACAACGGGCAUUUCAAUGUCAAUAUCGAUACCUAGAGUGCAAAAGGACAGAUGGUCAUUAUACUGAUAUAACACAAAAACACUUAUUUUAGACUAUAUUUACUAUAUUUAAGAAAAACAACAAGCGGAAACUACUACAUCUGUUAAUCAAGCCAACCAGGCAGGGUUAGAUGCCAAUUAUUCCAAAAUGGUCUAAUCAGCAGAUUAAUCGGCAUGGCCGAUAUAUAUUUUGUCAUUUGUCCUAAUAAACUCGACUUUCCUCAAACUAAAUAACAUAUUUAUAUUUAAAAUAAUCAUAGUAUUAUUAAAUAAAUAUGAUAACAUUUUACAAUAAUGUUCCAUUUGUAAUAUUAGUUAACAACAUUAGUGUUAACUAACAAUGAACAAUACUUGUACAGCAUUUAUUAAUCUUGGUUAAUGUUUAUUUCAACAUAUUGUAUAGUAAUACAUUUUUUAAAGGUGCACUCAGUAACUUUUGUCUUCUUGUGACUGACACCUAGUGGCUUGGAUGCAACAUAAUUUAAAAUCAAUAGUUUUCAGUUUCAGAUGCCAUUGUAGAAAUGUAGUAUUCACAGUCAGCCAUGAUUACUUUAAUCAAUGAGUGAAAGUGUCAAAUAACAGGACGGUUACUGAGAUUAAGCGAGUAGUAUUCGGCUGGUCAUGUGAUUCUAACAUGGCAGCCCCCAUGUGCGGACCCUCUCCAUGUAGAAUAAAACAGCUUUUAUAAGGUUACUGAUAUGACUGGAUUCUUCAUUUUAAUGUGAGUGGUCAUAAUUUCCUACACAUAUUGCAAAAUUACAAUUCAUGUCUUUAGGAGUUAACUUUUUCUAAUGAGGAUAAAUUACUGAGUGCACCUUUAAGUCAAAAGCUGUAUAUGUUCAUAUUCAUUAAUGCACUGUGAACAAACAAUGGACAAUUCUAUUUUUGUAAACUAACAUAAACAAAGAUUAAUAAAUGCUGUAAAAUAAUAUAGUGUUCAAUAUUAGUUCACGAUACCUAAUGCAUUAACUAAUGUUCAUGAAUGGAACCUUGUUUUAAUUGUUUUUUAAUAGUCUACCAUUAAAAUAAACAUAUGAGGUCGUUUGGGGUUGGCAAUGUGUGAUAACUGACGCUUAAUUUACAGAAUGACUGAAAAUCACAAUGUGCUAUGGGGCUGUUAUACAUGCAUCUCUCACUCUCUCUCUCUCUCUCUCUCUCUCUCUCUCUCUCUCUCUCUCUCUCUCUCUCUCACACACACACACACACACACACACACACACUCACUAUAGAUCAACCAGGGAUAUUCUUCUGUAUUCACAUCUGUCUAUAGGACCACCAAGAAAGACACGGGUGAACACCUCCAGUAGGGACACAUUUAAUUAUUGACAGAGACAAAACCAGCAGAUAUCAUGCAGGCAGAUGGACAGAAGGGUGUAGAUGGAGGUCUGCUGGCUGAUGCUAACGGGCGUGACGGGGACCCCAGUGGGCAGAAGGAGAGCGGUGGAAAGUGGCAGAAGCCAAGCAUCUCCCGCAAAUCCCUCAUGAAAUGCUGUCUGGUCAAAUGGAUCAUCGCCAGUGCGGCGCCUCAGGGCUCAAAUGGUGAGCAGAUGUCUAAUUGAGCCCUCCUGAUAUCCUGUUCUACCAUGUCUGUUUCCCUAGCAGCUCCUCUUCCUUUGUUUACAAUGUCUGUUUUUAUCUUCCUCAUUUCAACUCCACAUCUGUGGUUCUCCUGCACAUUUUCCACCACUGCUUCUUGUUUCUCUCCUUAGAAAGUCCUCUUGUUAGUGGCACCCAACUGAUAUCAAUCACUCACCACCUUCACACCCCCUCCUCUCCCCUCUCUUUUGGUUUCCACCCCUGUCUUCUCCUUCGUGCUCUCUCUAACAGACAGCAUUGAUGGUGAUUUGGAGUUGUCCAUGGUGCGACAUCAGCCAGAGGGUCUGGAGCAGCUGCAGGCUCAGACCAAGUUCACAAGGAAGGAGCUGCAGUCACUCUACAGAGGCUUCAAAAAUGAGUGUCCCAGUGGAUUGGUGGAUGAGGAAACAUUUAAAUCUAUAUAUUCCCAGUUCUUCCCCCAAGGAGAUGCAUCCACAUAUGCACACUUCCUUUUCAAUGCAUUUGACCUGGACCGAAAUGGCUCUAUACGUUUUGAAGACUUUGUAAUUGGCCUCUCUGUUCUGCUUCGAGGUUCUGUGACAGAGAAACUGAGGUGGGCCUUUAACCUGUAUGACAUAAAUAAAGACGGCUACAUCACAAAAGAGGAAAUGUUGGCAAUCAUGAAGUCCAUCUAUGACAUGAUGGGCAGGUACACUUAUCCUAGUGUUAAAGAGGAUGAUCCAUUUGAACAUGUGGAGAAUUUCUUCCAGGUACUGAUCUUUCAGCAAUCCAGUGUCAGCCUUUAUCAUACAGCCAUGACCACCUGCUUGCAGAACCUGCAAAGUUCUGAAAUCACAUUUGUUUCACAGAAAAUGGACCGAAACAGAGAUGGCGUGGUCACCAUUGAUGAGUUCAUAGAGACCUGUCAGAAGGACGAGAACAUUAUGAGCUCCAUGCAGCUGUUUGAGAACGUCAUCUAGAUCCCAGCACAAAGUCCACAAAUAUGCCUGCUCAUUUCCCACUCAACUCUCCGCAUUGUUCCACAGGGACUCUUGUAGGAACACAUACAUUUUGUACCUAGGCCUAGCACAUCAUCUGUAGCAUGUGAAUGAAUAUUUGAUUGAUCGUACUGAAUGUUAUAACAACACGGAGUGUGAGGCGUCUGUGAGCGUGUUGUUACUCAAUGUCUCAGCUUUCCAUAUACUGUAAGUUUAAAAUGUUCAUUUGUAUAUAUGUAUAAAGCUGUGUUCUUAAACUGGAUGACUUCUGCCUUGAGAAAAUGGAACUUUUGCAUGUUUGCCUGCUAUUCGACUGAUCUGUGGUCCUUUUAUACAAAGAAAUAAAGGCAUCCGUGAAUGUACAGAGCAUACUA